AACUUUAACAGAUGUAAACAAACAUCCUCGUGUCAUUGACACGACAUUUUAAUAACUUUAUUCUUCAUUUUAAUCAAAGAGCUUUUCACUGGAGAUUAAAUAAAAGGAGAACAAUGAGUGGAGAGGGAUCCAGUAAAGGAUCGUGGAGGGGUGGUGGAGGGGGAUGGAGAGGAGGAGGAGGAGGAAGAUGGAGGGGAGGAGGAGGAGGAUGGAGGAGUAGACCAUGGAGAGGAGGAUCAGGGGGAGCAAGAGGUUCAGGAGGAGGGUGGAGAGGAGGAGGAUCAGGGAGCAACACCCUCAGCGCUCAGAGAGCUCUUUGUCAGACCACUCUAGAUGCUCUGUGUCCAUACAAAGGCUGGACACUCUACUUCAUAGAAGGUUUCAUAGAGAGCUCCCCUAGUGUGGCGAAGAUCAAAGUGUUUGAGAAUUAUUUUACUUCCAAGAUUCACCUUUAUGACAAGGAUGAGAUUGAGCGUCAGGGCAGUGUUCUGGUCGAUUACGCCGACUUGAUUGGAGACAAGACUGUGAGUGAAGCAAUUCCUGAUUUGACCACAGAGCUGAAGGAACAACCGGAGCUGAUACUCAACUGUUUGGGGGUGGCCAUCCACCAGGUGUUGGCUGUAGAUCUGGAGAAACAGGCGGCUGAGCUGCAAGGGGAAGAACUUCCUGUUGCUACACCAAUCAUCAACAUCCCUCAUAUAAGCGCAAGGCUGUAUAACUAUGAGCCACUGACUCCGCUGCGGAUGUUGCGUGCCAGUGUGUUUGGACGUCUGGUGUGCGUGAAGGGAACAGUGGUCAGAGUUAGUAACAUCAGACCUCUCUGCACCAGGAUGGCGUUCAGGUGUCAGAGCUGCAGGCAAACCAUGUCCCUGCCACUGCAGCACGGGAAAUACGCUACACCCACCAAAUGUAUCCAGCCGGACUGUCGCAGUCGUUCCUUCAUCCCAAGCAGGAGUUCUCCUCUUACACACACUGUAGACUGGCAGAUCAUCAAGGUGCAGGAGUUGAUGAGUGGAGAGCAAAGGGAGACCGGACGAAUCCCGCGUACCGUCGAGUGUCACCUGACCUCCGACCUCUGUGACAGCUGCGUCCCUGGAGACGCCAUUACUGUGGCCGGGAUAGUUCGAGUUACCAACGAUGGUAGUUCCCGGGGGAAUAAGGAUCAGUGUAUGUUCCUCCUCUACCUCGAAGCCACUUCAGUCAGUAAUACUAAAGGUCGUCAGUCCAAGUCGGGCCAGGGAUCCAGAGGGUCGCUUGAAGAUCAUUCUGCAGGGGAUGAGUUCACCCUGAAGGAGCUGUACGCCAUCCAGGAGAUCCAGUCGCAGCCGCACCUGCUCAGACUCAUCGUGCACUCUUUGUGUCCUGUCAUCUACGGCCAUCUCCUGGUGAAAGCUGCCCUGUCCUUGACGUUGUUCGGCGGCAGACAGAAACGCACAGACAAGAACAGUGUUCCAGUUCGAGGAGACCCACACAUCCUGAUGGUGGGAGACCCUGGACUGGGAAAGAGUCAGAUGUUACAGGCCGUGUGUAAUGUGGCUCCCAGGGGAAUUUACGUUUGUGGCAACAGUACCAGCACCACAGGCUUAACCGUGAGUUUAUCCCGAGAUUCAGGAACAGGGGAUUGGGCUUUGGAGGCUGGAGCCUUGGUGCUGGCUGACCAAGGUCUAUGCUGCAUUGAUGAGUUUGAUAAGUUGGGUCACCAGCAGCAUGCUCUCUUGGAGGCCAUGGAGCAGCAGUCUGUCAGUCUGGCGAAGGCUGGAAUAGUUUCCUCCCUUCCGGCCAGAACGUCAGUUGUAGCUGCAGCGAACCCAGUCGGAGGACAUUACAACAGAGGCAAGACUGUCUCUGAAAAUCUGAAAUUGGGCUCAGCUAUCCUCUCUCGCUUCGACGUAGUCUUCCUCCUGCUGGAUAUCCCAGACGAGUCACAUGACCGGCGCCUGUCGGAGCACGUCAUGGCAAAUCGAGCCGGAAAAGGCCGAACCAGCAGUGCCACAGUCACCAGGGCCGACAGCGGGCUGAACACCUCCAUCCUCCUGGAACACUCAGACAUGCCCCUGUCUGAACGUCUGCAGAUCCCUGCAGGUGAAACUGUGGACCCCAUUCCAGUCUGCCUGUUAAGGAAGUACAUCAGCUAUGCUCGUCAGUACGUCCGUCCGGUAAUCUCUCCUGAGGCAGCAAAAGUAAUCCAGGUGUUCUACCUGUCACUGAGAGCUCAGGCUCACACUGCGGACACUACGCCCAUCACCACACGACAGCUGGAGUCUUUAAUCAGAUUAACUGAGGCAAGAGCCAGGUUGGACCUCAGAGAGACGGCUUCCCAGAGUGAUGCUGAGGAUGUGGUGGAGAUCAUGAAACACAGUAUGGCUGAUACAUAUUCAGACGGUCUGGGCAAUCUGGACUUUGAGCGAUCUCAACUGGGGUCGGGCAUGAGUCAGCGCAGCGUGGCAAAGCGUCUGAUCAAUGCUCUGCACGCUCACUCACAGAGGACCGGUCAGAAGCAGUUCGAGAUGCACAUGCUCCGAAGUGUGGCCGACAAACUGAACAUCAAGGUGCUGGACUUUGAAGGUCUGGUGAGUUCCCUGAAUGAACAAGGGUUCCUGCUGAAGAAAGGAGCCAAACUGUACCAGCUGCAGACGGUCUGAUCCCUGACCAGUAUACCAGAGAGCCAGAGUACCUGGUCCACCCUGCAGUCCCACUACAAGGCCUGUGCCGGGGAUCAUUGAAGACGACUCUCUCUGUAGAAAAGGAAAAACAAACAAUGGGAAAUCUGUUGCUGAGAUUUCUUUGAACACAGAAAGCUUUAAAGUAAACACCUGGUUGACAGAUUGUACUUGAGGGUUUUGGUUUGACUGCAUCAAGUAUCACAGUCUCAUUUAUCCUGAUAGACAGGUACACAGAGCUUGUUCUUAAUUUUCUAAUAUUUCCAAUGUGAGGUCAUUUGUAUGAGGGAAAUUCAGGGGAUUAUUUAAUUGUUGAGAGUGUAAUACAUGUUUUCCACACAGCUGACUUUUUGUAUACAGUUGUAAUAUACUAUUUAUAUGUCGCUGUUAUUUUUAUAUAUGACUAUAUUGUAUGUUGUUGCAUAUACUUUUACGUUUUCAGUAGCUUUCUAUAGAUCAAUAUCGUUUGGAACAGGUUCUUCCAGUUUAGUAGCUUAACCUGCCGGUUGUUUCUCAUCCAGCACAAACACUGGACAAUGGCAGAGUAUGUUUUUCACAUGACUUCUCAGCAGCAGUGAUUUAAAACAGGAAGUUACAGACAAUGUGAAUAUUACUUACUCUACUCAAACUUCACACCUGCUCUGACGUGCAGAUAAACUGUAUUUACAAAUAUUCAAAGUAUUCAACGGACAUUUUGAUUCUGUCUCAAGAAGUAUUUCUGGUAAUCUAAAAAAAUGCACAUGUACAAAACUUGCGUCAUAGUUUCUCUGACUCUGUAUCUUCUGAUUACAUUCUGUAUGAUAUGCACUUUAUAUGUUCACACCAAACAUUCAGGUAAUGAAUACGUUUGUUUCUAAAUAAAUAACAGCUUUGUUUUGUUUUUUCACAAUAUUACAACAAUGUAUUUGGUGGUGGUUUAAAAAGUUUAUUCAACCAACUUAAUAAAAUUACAACAAAACAUGAAA